AUGAACAACAUCCGUGCCAAGAUUCCGCUUUCCGCCAUCCGCCAGGCCUCCAAGUACGACAAAAUUCCAUGUGCGAGUGAGGCGGCGAUGAGCCACGUCGCAGAUCACCAGCCCAGACAACCUCUAACUGUGGCUGUUUCUUCGGUGUGGGGCAAACCGGUUAUCGGCAACCUGAAACGGCUUGUCGUCCCCUCAUGGAGCAGACUGGCUGGGAGAAUCCAGCGGAGCGUCUUGGCGAGCGAGCCAAGCGUCAACUUCAUUUCUCCAUUACGGGAGGCACCAUUGCAGUUGCGCUCGUGCUGUGGGACAACAGCCUUGGUCGUACUCUACGCAGGCUCAUGA